CUUUUAGACUUCGACACUAUGGGAUAUCCCGGUUUCAACUCCUUGCUUUGUCGGAUUCUUAUCGUUGCCGUUCCUCUCUUGCUCUGUACUUUGAUAGAAGCCAAAGGAAAUAAGUCUUCAUCAUCAAAUAACGAUGCAAAGCAUCGCUCAGGAAGGUUAUUCAGCUUGUUCAACAUCGUUAGGUUCUCGAAUGACCAAUGUAUAACCCAAAGUGACAGAACAAUGCGAGGAACUUGUCUCAGCCAACUCAAUUGUCAAGAAAGAGGUGGAUCGGCCGACGGGAAUUGUGCCUCAGGUUUUGGGAUCUGUUGCAUGUUUGUUGUUCGAACUUGCGGAGGGACCGUCAACCAGAAUUGCACCUACGUUCAGAAUCCGAGUUUCCCAGCAUCGGACGCCACCGUUAGCCAAUCAUGUAACUUUAUGUUCAAUCGGAUUGACGAUAAUAUUUGUCAAAUAAGAUUGGACUUCGACACAACUGUCUUGAGAACGGAUCCCACCUUCGCAGGCAUGUGCGGAGGAGCGGGCGACUCUCUUCAAGUUGGAAGCCCUUUGUCCGGGUCACCAUUCGCAUUUCCACCUGCUGUUUGUGGGACGUUAAGUGGUCAACAUAUGUAUAUUGAAAGCUCCAGGAUGGGAACCACGGCAGGAUCCUUGACUAUCCAAACUGGAGUUUCCCCUGGAGAUAGACGAUACAAAAUCAAGGUCACAUAUAUUGAUUGUCAGAGCCGGCUCAGGGCCCCAUCGGGUUGCGCUCAAUAUUUUACCGGACAAUCUGGUACGCUCACAACCUACAAUUUCCAAGGCAAUCAGUUGCUCCGAAAUCAAGAUUACUCACAUUGCAUCCGUCAAGAAGAAGGUUUCUGUCAAUUUGAGUUGUUCGAGACACCCGGUGUGAUUGAUGCAUUUUCUUUAUCAGAAAAUGGGAAUGGUCAAGCUCAGGUACAAAUAUGCAAGAAUCGAAACUUUGUGACUGUGCCAAGUAUGGCCAUAAAUCCGAGUGGGACAAGAGGCUUCUCUGAUUACCGUUGUGGAAUGACUUUCAGUAGUCAAAGUGGUGAUACAACGCCAGGAGCACUUUUGUCAACCCGAGUCACUCCAUUUCGAGUUCAAGUGCAUACAUUGAAGGCCGACGACGGCAACCAAGUAAUAUUUGCUAAUCUGAAGGGAUUCUCCUUGGACUACAAUCAGAUUCCGUGCUAGUUAUUAUGCUAGUUAAACGAAACGGAUAAUGUCGGUCGUUCGGAAAAUGAACAGCUAAAGCUCUUGUAUUCGGCGACGUUAAAAAUAGUUUAAAAAAUAAGUUUAGGUUUCAAUAAACAUGAUUUGUCUCACUUAU